UGUAUUACGGUAACGCCUUGCAUCCAUUCAUGUUGCUCAUUUUAAGUUAUAGCGGAAGACUUGGUGCCUGUACGAGGUCCUGCCAUUUGUACACAAACCCGGCUACAGAAGAGGAGGCGACUCAAUUAAUGGAAUAUGGAGUGUAUUCCAGUAAGCAUUGAUGAUCUUGAGGGUAAAAAGGACCCAGUUGUAGAAGACCCAGAGCACAAUGUGUACACAAGGUUUAUGAAGUCCCACCGUUGUUAUGACCUUGUGCCCACCAGCUCCAAAUUGGUUGUGUUUGAUACUUCACUUCAGGUGAAGAAGGCAUUUUUUGCUCUUGUUUCUAAUGGAGUAAGAGCAGCCCCUCUGUGGGACAGUAAGAAGCAGUGCUUUGUUGGUAUGCUAACCAUCACAGACUUCAUUAACAUUCUUCAUCGUUACUACAAAUCCCCGUUGGUUCAGAUAUAUGAGUUAGAAGAACACAAAAUUGAAACAUGGAGAGAGGUGUACCUUCAAGACUCUUUCAAGCCUUUGGUUAGCAUAUCUCCCAAUGCAAGUUUGUAUGAUGCGGUAUCGUCUCUGCUGAAGAACAAGAUCCACAGAUUGCCUGUUAUCGACCCCCUGACAGGAAACACACUCUAUAUUCUCACACACAAGAGGAUUCUCAAGUUCCUGAAGCUAUUUAUAUCAGAAAUGCCAAAACCCUCGUUCUUGAGACAAACUUUAGAGGAGCUGAACAUCGGGACAUUCCGAAACAUAGCAGUGGUCCGUGCAGACACACCGCUGUACACAGCGCUGGGUAUUUUCGUUGAGCAGCGAGUGUCUGCGCUCCCUGUUGUGGAUGACAAAGGUCGUGUGGUGGACAUCUACUCAAAAUUUGAUGUUAUAAACCUGGCAGCAGAGAAGACAUACAACAACCUGGAUGUGACAGUGACCAAAGCCCUGCAGCACCGCUCUCAGUACUUUGAAGGAGUGCUGACCUGCAACAGGCACGAGACCCUUGAGGCCAUCAUCAACAGACUAGUGGAGGCUGAGGUGCACAGGCUGGUGGUGGUAGACGAGCAGGAUGUGGUGAAGGGAAUUGUCUCCCUUUCAGAUAUCCUCCAGGCACUAGUGCUUACUGAUGGAGAAGAGGGCACAGCUUGAGGAAGUCGCUCAGACAUAGGAAAGCUACACAUUAGGAUGAGGCUGAAGCAAAGACGAACGGAGCAGGGAUGUGAGAGGGGAACUAUAACAUUAUAGUGAAGUGUCAUCCAUCCAUGUCCUUUAACAUUCACACAUGAAGACUUCUUCCUUUCUGCAAAAAGUACACCGAGUUUUAGCAGUGCCGCAAUAUAUUACUGUAGUAGUGCAGGACACACAGAACCUCCUGUAAAUUGAGCCAAAUUCAAAGAGAGCCAACAAAGAUGUAAAAGCACAAGAAACCUGCAACGAGGAGCUGUAGCCACAGAGAAUAACCCAGCACCGUUCCACCUCUGUGGCUGCUGUGACGAUCGGCAUAGAGGGGCAGAUUAGAAAUGUAUUCCCAUUUAUAAAAGAAUCAGUUAGCUUCUGAGGGGAAACUGAUUUACCUGGGCUGCGUUUUGUUGGCAGCCUUUUGUUUGUAUUAUCUGUAAGCACAUCAAACGUAUCUGAGGGUAAUUUUAACCUCUGUAGCUUCAACAGAUCGACAUUCAGUGUGUGUUGUUUUUCUGACACAUUAGACAUUUUCCUGAGCCUUGAUCUGUGUGCAAAUGAGUCGUGUAAUGUCAACCAGUUUAAAUGAUCUUGUUAUUCCUAAUUCAGUUAGCUUGAUUAUUUAAAUGCAGGCAGGGAAUCGAACUGUUUAUCUUUUAACUUCAGCCACGGCACUCUUCCAAUUUGCAAACACAUAUUGACUAAUAACUGAAGUGUCUUUAUUUAUGGCUACAUAUUGCACAUGCAGUAAAUGCAUACAGAACAGCCACUCAAUACCUUUGCACUGAGUGUACAAUUAUCUAGCUUAAUUUUUGAUUCAAACACUAUACUUAGAAGACCUUGGAGCUUAAAAAUUGAAAAGGUCUGGUUUAAAUCUGUUUCGUGAGUCAUUAUUAUUGCAAGUUUCAGCUACAGUUUUUGCAGUUAGGAGCGUGCUGCGAAUUGAAGGGCUCAGAGUUUGAUCUGUUGUUGAGCCAAACAGCGAAGUAGCAAACCUGGAACAGCACUUUAGGCUCCUGUGACGCCCUUAUCAGUGACGUCUAGAAAACCAUUGAUGAAAAUCAUUCAUUCUGCUGUUAGAGACGACCUUGAUUCAUUCUGUAUUUUGUUUGAAAGCCCUGCUUCGGAUAUUUAUGGAUUUUAUGUUUUUCCAUUUUGUGUGUUGCUGUCAAGUAUAACUGUGUGUAAUGGAUUGUACAUUUAACUCACACACAUUUCUGUCUGCCUCUUUUGUUACCCACACUUUGGGUUUAGGCAUUAUGAGUGUUAAAGGAAUUUACUUGUUGCCUCUGUGCUGCAGAAUCUCUUUGUUUUUGGAAGUAGUGGUCAAUGUAUCCAUUUUUAGUGUUCUUCUGAUUUUAUGUGAUCGGUGUGUAUAUUCAUGUCACUUUCAGUCAGUGAUGAUUUCAGAACAUCACAUAUUCUGGGUUUAUUCACAGUUUUUGUUUUAUGUUUAUUCUGUUUAGAGGAUGAUAAAUAUCACCAGCAUGUCCUUUCCAUUUUCUAAAGAGGAUAAGUAAAGAACAUGUUAGACUUAACUGUUUUGGUAAACAUGAAAUGGAAUAUGUACAACUGUAUGAAAAUGCACCGUUUUUGUACUAAUCUGCAUUGAGAUUUUAAUUUAAUGGAUGAGCAAUAAAGGUUCAGGGGUUCAGGA